AUGACCCGCGGAUCCACGGAGCGCAUCAGUCCAAACCAUAUCGUCUCUGUCUUGAACUCGCCUUCCGUCUCCUCCUCUUCACCAGAACCUGAGCAACUUGCUUCCAAAUCCAACAUGGCCCGGAAGAACAACAUCCGUCCAAACUCUCCUGCAGAUGCGAAUGUGCCCGUCACCUAUACACCAACUACCCGUCGCAUUAGCAAGGCCAAGAAGGGAAAGCGUGUACAUGCCUGCCAAUACCCAGCAUGCGGAAAGGUCUUCACCAGGGCUGAACACCGAAGACGCCAUGAGUUGAACCACAACCCCGAGGCCUCGUACCGCUGCUCAACACAAGGAUGCAAGAAGGCAUUCCACCGCGCUGACCUACUUGCGCGCCACAUGGAGAGACACGAACUCGAAUCGCAAUCAGAGCAGUCCUCAUGGGCAUCCAACAAGCAAAAUCCCAUCGUAAACGAGUCCGCUGUCCCGCGCUGUAUGUCAAUGGACCACGGAAUGCCAUUGACUGCAACCUCCCAUACACACUCCAUGUCCAUCGGCUCACUCGUGGCUCCUGGCAUUCACCCGGACCUGGCCAACAACGACUGCUCAUUGAUGUGGAGCGGCGUCGACUUGCCCCUACAGCCCCGGCCAGCCUUCCAUAGCCAGCUCCCCGACUCCUCCAUUUCUUCCGCGUCUGUGUCUGUCAUCGACCAGUACCCGAAGAAUAUCCUAAACGGCGAGGUCACUUCGUCCCCGCUUCAGAUGCACACUCCCCUCCGCUGGGAUACUGAUGCUGGCGUGCCUCCGUCGCAUCUAGUUCCCAUGUCCAUGGGGGAGAAUAUGAUCCAGCCACCCGUUCAGUGCCACUACCCCUCUCCUUCAUGGUCCAGCGCAGACUGCCUUCCCUACGAGGACCAGGUCCACUCCAUGCACCAGUUCCAGCCCGUGAGCUGGGGGAUGUGA